CUGACCUUCUUGUUGCCUAGUACAAGAAAGUGGAACAAGGUGGUAAAGACUGUGUUAUUGCCAGAAAAUUGUGUGAGGUCCCCCUUUUCCUGAAGGUCUCCAUACCAUCGCCACUCUGAGCAGUGCACAAGGAAGCCACAGUACAUUAUCAGAUAAGACUAGCAAGUCAUGGAAGAUGACAGUGCGGCCGUGCUGAAAAAGAUAAUGGAUGAGGGGAUUUUUGACGAUCUCAGAAAAACAGUGAUCGCACACUUGAAAAAGAAUGAAGCCCUCCAGAGAUUCACAGAAGACAGGGUGCUGAACAGUAAGACGCUCCAGGGGGAGAGUGCGAGGACAAUGGACAAGAGUGCGCUGUUUGGCAAGCUGCGAAAGGAGCUGGAGAACUCAGUCCUAGACCAGGCGCUACAGGCUACCUGGGAAAUCCUGGCAGACAAGGAGAUUGGGAUGCCAGAGCUGAUAGAGACAAAGGUGCAUGAAACCCUCUGCGAACUGCACGAGGAGAGAGCUGCUGCGCGGAUGGUGCCAAAAUAUGAAGGUUGAGGGAUGAGAGAAGUACUGCCGUGUACAGUAGUGUGUGUUUAUAGGCAGCCCCAUAUACUCCUGCCAAAGUUUGAGCUGGCAGCUUAAGCUUUGCACUGCGCUUUAUGCACUUUGAGACUGCGUAGAUCUGGAGGUGAUGUGCAGCCGCCUCCGUUGGGUAUAAGUGAGCAAGUUUGAGCAAGUGAAGAGUGCAUGCUAUGAGCUGAUCAUGCUGAGCUCCAAUGUGCAUAAAAUCCUUAUAAGUGUCCUGAUGGCAAGCUAGCAGGAAGCUUCUUUGUGCGCGGUUGCAACAACACCAAAUAAAGCACUUGCCCAUUGAAGCCCUGCAGGCCAGCUGGAAAUUCUAGAAGCACUUUUGUAAUCUACAAAGC